AUGCCACGAACUCGUCUGUGGAUAAGAGAGGAAACAAGAAUGUUGGGGGCCAUACAAAUAAUGACUGGCAUACUUCUUGAUUGCCUGGGACUGCUCUGGAUGUAUUUGUUAUUCACACAAAUUGUUGCAUUUGGAGCCACAUAUACUCCUAUUGCAUUACUAACAGCAUACCCAUUUUGGUCAUCCUGGCUUUUUAUCUUCUCAGGAGCCUUUACAGUAUUGUUAGAAAAGAGACGUUCACCAUUCUUGGUGUCUUACGCUUUAGUAGUAAACAUCAUAAGUGCCUGUAUUUCAGUGAUUGGUCUGCUUUUACUAUCAAUUGAGUUUAUAAAAUAUAGUAAAAGUUCAAAAAAUCCUCUUUGGCCACAUGUAAGUACCAGAAAACUGGUAAACUCCUUUCGGAAUAUCUGUUCAUAUUAA